GCUAUGACAACAAAAUGAACACGGCGUUGCAAACGCUGCUAUUUAUUUAUUGUUUCUAAACACUGAAAGCGGCGAGUUGGUUAAUAGGACAGAAAAACUGUCGAAUAUCAAGCUCUGGUGUGUGAUUUAAUAAUGUGGAGGGAAAUAAAUCAGCAGGCAGACUGUUGGCGUUCAGUCUGAACUCGGAACCCGAACAUGACUCAGAUGGACCUCCUGGUCACCAACGUGGCCGAGCUUUUGGCCACGGCCGUGCACGAGGUCCUGCGUCUGAUGGGACAGGCCGUGUCCGAAUACCGGGACGAGUCGGUCAGGAUCCGGCAGGAGAACCUGAAACUUCAGCACACGCUUGAGGAGCUCCAGAAAAGGCUGCAGCUAUCAGACGCAGUGCAGCAGGUGUCAUCGUCUGUAGCUGCGGAAGAGCCGCUCUAUGACUCUCACCCUGCGCAAGCACCGUACGGUCACCUGGAGACAAGACAGAAUGAGGAAACGGAUCCGUACGAGGUGUCCUUCGAGGAGGAGAAACCGAGCGCGCUUCAGCCGAGAGCAGAACCACGAGAAACACACGACCCGAUCCCAUCGCCGUGCGACUUCCGUCACAACACACGAAGGAGCUUCUCCAGGAGCCGGUCGCCCUCGCCUGACAUCACCGGCACGCCAGGAAUCUCACACACAAUCAAAACAGAAUCGCCGUCGGAGUGUUGUCUAUCGGAGCAGACGGAAAACGCGGUCACAGACGGCCACCUCCACUUCGUUAAUCCCACACACGUCUACUGGGACCCGGCGGCUCCGCACUCGCACGUCCGAACAGACAACAGUGGGGGGGACGUCCCCGUGCGGAGAGAGAACCCGCACACCUGUCACGUGUGCAACAAGUCGUUCGCGACGGCGUCCAGUCUGGGCGCACACUUUGUCUGUCACUCGGGCGAAAGACCGUUCGCUUGCGAGCGCUGCAAGUUCAGGUUCAGCCGUCUAGCCGACCUGAAGAAGCACGCGCGCAUACACACGGGCGAGAAGCCGUAUAACUGUACGCUCUGCGGGAGGAGGUUCAACCGCACCGAGAAUCUCAGACGCCACCUGAGGAAAGUUCACUACGGAGCGCCGCUUUAGCUUGGAACAACAUCUGGGUUUAUUUAUCCCUCGCAGCUCUCGUGCUAGACUCCAACGGCUUGUAUUAUUAAUAGUAUGUUUUGACAAACAGGAGGCAGUUUGCCUGAACUUUGGCUUCAUGGUCAGAGAAAAGCUCCUGUAGAGGUCAGAAUCACAAUGAUAAGGAAACAGGGGGAACAUAGAAAGUUUUUAACAGUGCAGUCUGAUGGCGUUUUCAUGGAACGACUGCUCAACCCCACUUCCCCAUUCACACCAGCGUACAUGAGCUUAGAACGCCCCUGAUUGGCUGGCAUCACAGUGAGUGACGAGGUGAGAGUAUGCCCCGCCCACUCAGAACACACAGCCAGGUUAGAAUCCUGACGAUGGCCUUGAGACAGAGAGCGUUUUUCUGUCGUGCCACUCAGGAGCUUCCAGGAGGUUUAACUCCGCUACACUGCGACCUGAUUGGUUGGGAGGUCAAAGGUGAGCUCGAAUGCUGAAAGUCCUAAAAUAGCAAUAACCGACUUCAAAUCAAAUCUAGUGUCUUCACACCAAACUCUUGAGUCAUUUAGCAAAAUGCUUCUUCAUUAGUGUGUGUGUGCUGUUUAUUGUUUAUAUUCUCACUCACAUUUUUGUAGUUUAGCUUUUUUUUUUAAUAAGCAAGUGAAUAUUUAAGUUUGUUUUUUGUUUUAAUAAUUAUGCAAAACACAAGAGAUCCCAGAUGCUCAAGU